AUGAGUGAUAUUGAAGAAGGAGUUGAUCAACUUCAACAUUACCGUGAAAAAUGUGAAGAGAAAGUUUCUCAUUUCAAGGAAAUUCUCGAAACUUGUAAUGCACGUGUUGAGUCAAGAACAAAUACUGAAGAAACAUGUCAUGAAGAAAUGGUAGAAUACAUUCAACAUCUUGAUCAUUGUGCCAUGCCAAAAGCAUUUGCUGCACUUAAAUAA